AUGCGAUCAUUUUUGACAAUUUUGCUAGUUUUUGGUGUCUUAUUCGAAUAUGCUGAAUCGCAGUGUGAGUUUUAAUCAAAUUUUAGUUUUAAUUUUAAUUCAUCGAUUUUUUUUCAGUUGGCUGGGGAGGACCACCGCCUAGACCAUGGGGUCCGUGGGGAAUGAGACCUGGAAUGUGGGGAGGACCUGGAUGGGGUCGAGGAGGAGGUGGACCAGGAUGGGGAGGUGGUGGAGGAGGACCACGAGGACCUGGCGGAGGUGGAUGGGGUGGAAAUAAUGGUGGAGGGGGACCUGGAGGAGGUUGGGGUGGAAACAAUAACAAUGGCGGCGGAGGUUGGGGCGGAAAUAACAACAAUAAUGGCGGUGGAUGGGGCGGAAAUAACAACAAUGGUGGCGGAGGAAGGGGCGGCGGCAACAAUGGCGGAGGCGGAGGAAAUGGAGGCGGAAGAGGUGGAGGUGAGUAUUUUAUCAUUUGAUAACAAAUUCCAUUCGGCAAAAUUUCAAUUCAUACGUCGCAUUGCCCCGCGAAAAGGAAAUCCCUAUAUUUUCAACUUUAAAAACUUGAAAAUCUAUAUUUUUUACAAAAUUUAAGCUCAAAAUAGCUUCGUUCCGGAAAAAAAAACACAAAUUGUAAUUUUUCAAAAACAAAAAAAAUAGGUUUCAAAAUUUUGGUAUAAUUCAUUAUCAAAUAUUGUUCUCAAUCCAUUUCGGUAAUUCUCCAGAAGAAUAGAACAAAAUCAAAAUGUUUCAAACGGUUUUUGAUAUAUUUUACGAAGGGUUAUCCUGGAACUAGAAGUUUUAAAAUUGUUCCGUUUUCUAACAAAAAUGAACUGUUUUUCUGAAAAAAAGGAUGUAUUAGUUAAGUGUUGAAAAGUGUACAGAAAAAUCUAUUCAUUACUGGAAAAAGAUUCCAUUUUUUUUUUUUGAAAAUUUAAAUUUUGAAAAGCUUUUUGAAAGAAUGUGGCUGAAAAUUUUGAACUUUUAGUAUAUGUUUUGUACUUUGUUCACUUAUCAAUUCUAAUCUUUCAGGAAACAACGGUGGAGGAGGUCGAGGUGGUGGUGGCGGCGGCGGAAAAGGAGGAAAAGGUGGUGGCGGACGUGGACCACCAGGAAAGAAAGGUUGA